GUACACACAAACGCUUCAUCUCUCACUCUUCCACUACCCCUUAUCUUCAACACAAACAAUUAAUUUAAACUUCCAUGGAGGCUCAACUCCAUGACCACACUAAACGACAAAAUCCUCUAAAGCUUUUCGGCUUCAGUGUUGACCACGAUGACGAUGACCUUUCAACGCUCUUCGACGCCGUCUCCCCGUCCGUCUCACCUGAAUCUGACGGCAGAGACGGAGGCGCGUCGGUGUUCCCUCCCUCCUCUUCCUCCUCCGGCGAAAGGAAGUACGAGUGCCAGUACUGCUGCCGCGAGUUCGCAAACUCGCAGGCUCUUGGAGGGCACCAGAACGCGCACAAGAAAGAGCGCCAACAGCUCAAGCGCGCGCAGCUCCAAGCAACGCGAAACGCCGCCGUUUCAUUCGUUCGAAACCCGAUCGUCUCCGCCUUCGUUCCGCCUCCUCAGCUUCUUGCCCCGCCGGGAUCAGUUGUAGGCCAGUCGGGACCUCAUCACCCAUGGAUCUACAUGCCGCCACGUGCUGCGCCUCCUCCUUUCCACGUGUCCGUUUCUCACGGCUGCGUCUUCCCCAACAGCAAUAGCAACGGAAAUUUUAGUAGCUGUAACGGUAGUGGUGGAGGUGGGAAUUAUAGCGCUAUAACGGGUGCAGGGGUGUUGCCUUACGCUGGUGGAGUAGGGGAAUCCUCGCCCCCAUCUGCCAAGAUGGGCUCGCAAGUACAAGCCCGGGCCCACUAUGUUAGGAUUGAUGGGCCUUCUUUUGAUAGGUUAUCGUCCAAAGGGGAUAGAGGGACAAAUUUGGAUGAUGGGUUAGGGUUGGACUUGCAGCUUGGUCUUGGCCCACCUUGAUGCUUGGCCCGAUUCGUAACGAAUUAGUAAGAUUACAAAUACCCAUAGAAGUGAGUGUAAAUGAUGAAAAUGUUGUUGGCCAUCUUUUCUCUCAUUCUAGGUGUGGGCUUCUGAUCCGCCGCUUAUGUGCCUAUUUAGCUUCUUCUGCAACUUAUUGUACAUUUUUUCACAUUUAAUUUGUUUAUUGUUCA